UUUGCUUCGAAAACAGCAGCGCGCAGACUCUCGCAACGAUCGCACCCAUGUGUCGCCCCGCCGAAGCCAUGGCUGGCCCGUCGGUAUUCAGCUACCACGUCGCGCAGCCCUUCCAACACCGCAUUCUCCGCCCGCAUGACGCCAAGGGCCUUUUCCAGUACGGCGGUCCGAAGCCCACGCCUCCACCGCUCAGCCCCAAGGUCGAUGAACUCAACAUUGACAUUGGCACCUUUGAGGACCUCGUGGCCUACACUCUGGACCACGAGGAGGCCAUGGCCUGUGCCAACGAUACGGCGUUUGACUCGUCCGAAAUGGACAUCCUAUACAGCUUCCUUGCCGACCAAGAGGCGACGGUGCACGCCGCCCCGAUCAGCGUCGAAGACGACGGUGUCAUUACGCUGAACCUCCUUGACGACACCGAAGUCGACAAGAUCCUUGACAAUGAGAUGGCCAAUGACGCUAUCGACAACGUUCAACUCAUACCGCCACUCGGCUACGUCGAGCCCGCGAUCGAAGCGCGCAUCGACACCGAAGACGACAUCUCGGGCAAGAAUCGCCGCCUCUGCAAGAUGGAAGGCUGCCACAAGCGCUCCCGCUCCCAUGGCCUCUGCAUCGCUCACGGUGGCGGCCGACGCUGCGCCGUCGACGGCUGCAACAAGAGCAGUCAAGGCGGCAAUCUCUGCAUCAAGCACGGUGGCGGCAAACGCUGCGAAGUCGACGGCUGUGAACGCGCCGCCCAGUCCAACAUGCUCUGCAAGGCGCACGGCGGCGGCCCGCGCUGCCUCUUUGAAGGCUGCGACCGCAGCUCGCAGGGCGGUGGCUACUGCCGUUCGCAUGGCGGUGGCAAGCGCUGCCUCUUUGAGGGCUGCGACAAGGGCACCCAGCGCGGCGACUUCUGUGCGCUCCACGGCGGGUCGCGUCUCUGCGGCGUGGCUGGUUGCAUGCGCAACGACCGUGGCGGUGGCUUUUGCGCGACGCACGGCGGUGGCAAGCGCUGCGCCGAGCCCGGGUGCAUGAAGCCGUGCCGCCGCAACAGUCGCUGCUCGGCCCAUUGGCGCCAAGCCGACUGACAGUGCGCGCAGUCCUCCCAUUGAAGUGGUGCGAUCUCGAAGGUUCGAGGCCGCUGCCGAUACAUGUUUUAUUUCGACAUUUGUAUGCUAUAUAUCGCUGCGAAGGUCCGCUGUGCAUGCUGUAUACAGUAAGCUCAAACACGACAGUCUACGUCUCUA